GGUCUCCAGAAGUCAUUAUGCAACAGCAGCCAACUGUAUAUAAAGCCAAACCUGACAGAAAGGAUCUCUGUGAGCUGCCCACUACUUUUUGGUAACAAGAAUGCUGCGGUACGUUGUAGCCCUCUGUCUCCUGGCUCUGGCCUGGGCACAGGAUUGCCAGGUGGCCAACAUCCAGGUCAUGCAAAACUUUGACAGGUCCAGGUAUUCAGGAGUAUGGUAUGCUGUAGCAAAGAAGGACCCAGAGGGUUUGUUCUUAAUUGACAACAUCGUGGCCCAGUUUAUUGUUGGAGAAGAUGGCAAAAUGACCGCUACAGCCAAGGGCAGAGUCAUUAUUCUCAACAACUGGGAAAUGUGUGCCGACAUGCUUGCCACCUUUGAAGAGACCCCUGACCCUGCCAAGUUCAGGAUGAAAUAUUGGGGAGUUGCAUCCUACCUGCAGAGUGGAAAUGAUGACCACUGGGUGAUUGACACCGACUACGACAAUUAUGCCAUCCACUACUCCUGCAGACUAAUAGAUGCUGAUGGCACUUGCCUGGACAGCUACUCCUUUAUCUUCUCCCGUCACCCGACCGGUCUGAGGGCAGAGGACCAGCGCAUCGUCACCCAGAAAAAGAUGGACCUCUGCAUGCUGGGCAAAUACAGACGCGUCGCACACAAUGGCUUCUGUGAGAGCAGCUGAUCUGUUUACACUCAGGAAUUUUCUUUGUGAAGUACCCACCAAUGGGACUGUGUGCCCCUCUGCUGGUCUCGGUCCAGAGCUCCUUCUCCUUUGUCUCUCCUUCUGUCUCUGACUGCCUAAACAGAGAAAACAGCCCAUUCCUCUUUAGAAAUCAACUAAAAAUGGCAAACUGUAUACUUUUACAUCUAUAUGAAUAUACUGUAAAUAGAAAGGAAAGUGGAUUAGCAUGUUAGUCUUAGCUAAACAUCUGUCACAUCUGUUCUGUGUUCUAAUAGGAACUUCAGUGUUGCGUAAAACAACUUCUCACCUUUUUACAAUUCCUGAUGGAAACCAGUGGAACUUGCUCUCUGGUUUCAGUGAGGAAACAAGACAUAUCAGAUCAGGCCAACGUGACAAGUAAUCAGUUGUAAAGAUGAAGCUGAACUCUCAGCAGUGCUGCAGCUCUGGAGUAUAACCACCAUGUUUACUAAAACAAGUAAAACAAAAACAGGUUCACAUGUCACUGGCUUUACUUUUACAUUGAAGUACAUACAGUAUCUUGUGGCACAAAAGUAAAUAUUGUUAAUUAACCUUAAUACUUACAUAUUAAGCUAUACAUACAUAGCAGUUUGGUUGUUUCUUGAUUUUAUGAUGCAUACUUGAUCAAGUUUUUUCAAAUAAAACAUUCAUACCAUA